ACGUGUGCGUGUGUGUGUGUGCGCGUGUGUGUGUGCACGUGUGUGUGUGUGCGUGUGUGUGUGUGCACGUGCGUGUGUGUGGGCGACGCGAGGGAUCCGCGCGACCGCCUCUCACCGCACCACCUUCAACCCGCACCUCCACGGCUCCUCUCUCGGACACGCCCCACCCCGGGGACCUUCCUGCCUCUGCCUCGCCGCCCGAGGGAUUUCCUCUCGCCUCGCCGAGGUCCCUCGGUCCGACUCCGCCGUGUCCACGACGCCGAGCGGUUCGCGGAGAUGUCCCGCGGCGUGUGGAGUGGGCGCGUGUUGCUGCUGCCGCCGCUGCUGCUACCGCUGUGCGCGUUCAUUCUGCUCCAGGUGUGCAGUGGGGUGCAUGGAGGUCACCAGGUCACGAGAAGGACGCCACUCAGUGCAGCAAAUGCGACCCACGGCAGCGCUGGAGGACGAGAGCGCGGACAAUCUCGACAAACAAAGGCGGCACCCGAGAACGGCUGGCACCAGUGGGCCGUCGAACCGGCAGGUCGACAAAAACGGUCGUGGAUCCUUCCGCCCAUUAAAGUGAACCACGUGAUCGAGAACGACCACGGCCCGUUCCCGAAGGUCUUCAUGAUGAUCAGGUCGGACAAAGAGUCGAGCGUGAAUUCGAUAGUGUACAGCCUGCGGGGGCCCGGGGCUGACCAACCGCCCGUGGGUGUCUUCAACAUCGACCCCAUCACCGGCAAGGUCAACGUCAUGUUCGUCCUGGACCGGGAGAAGAUUUCAAGCUACGCGCUCAAGGGCUUCGCGAAGGAUGAGCGCGGCAAUCUGCUGGAGCCCGAGCUGGACCUCGCCAUCAGCGUGCUGGACGAGAACGACAACGCACCGGAGUUCACGCAGAUGCGAUUCAUGGGCAACGUGUCGGAGAAGAGCCGUGCAGGGAGCCCGGUCCUGACGGUGGAGGCCACGGACGCGGACGACCCCCAGACCAACCACGUACAGGUGGUGUUCAGCAUCAUUUCGCAGCAGCCGCCACUGCCGUCGCAGCGCAUGUUCACCAUCGACCGCUCCAGCGGCAUCAUCAGCACGGGAGCGACUCGCUUCGACGCAGAGGCUGUGAAGUUCUACACUCUGCUGAUCCGUGCCAGUGACUGCAACGGAGCGGAUUACGGCCUCUCUUCCACCGGCACGGUCGUCAUCCAAGUGCAGGACGUCAACGACAACGCGCCGAUGUUCCCCCGGCAGAACCUCAUUUGCACGGUGCUGGAGAACAUGGUGGGCGAGUCGGUGCUGGUGCUGAAGACGGAGGACGGCGACACGCCGCACACGCCGGCGUGGCGCGCCCGCUACCGCAUCGUUUCCGGGCAGCACAGCGAGAGCUUCGACAUCGCGACCAACUACGUCACCAACGAGGGCAUCCUCACCGUCAGCAAGGCCCUGGACUACGAGUCCACGAAGCAGGUGCUGCUGGUGGUGGUCGUGGAGAACGAGGAGCCGCUGUGGGGCGUGCAGCCCGGCGCGGCCUCCACCGCCACGGUCACCGUUACGGUGCGCGACCAGAACGAGCCGCCCGAGUUUUCUCCCGACGAGAUCGAGGCCGCCGUCACCGAGGAGCAGCCACCGGGCGUGACGCUCGGCGCGUUCACCGCCACAGACCCGGACGUGGGCCAGCACCAGCAGAUCCGGUACAAAAUGGGGGACGACCCGUCCGGGUGGCUCUCCAUCAACCCCACGACGGGGGAGGUGCGAACGCGAGCGAGACUGGACCGCGAGGCGCGCGGCAUCUACAACGGCACCUACACCGCCACCAUCCUGGCCUUCGACAACGGCGUUCCCCCGCAGACGGGGACGGCCACCAUCCUCCUGCGGGUCACGGACGUCAACGACCACCAGCCCCGGGUGAAGCUGCCCUACAGCCACAGGGUGUGCGAGGACCUCGCGUGGCAGGGCAUCAACGUGACGGUACUGGAUGAAGACGAGGCGCCCAACGCCGGGCCUUUCACCUUCUCCCUGCCCGAGGAGCCGCCUGAGAUCCGCAACAACUGGAAAAUCCUCUACCAGACAGGGGAGGUGCUGGUGUUGGCUCCGCACCCGGACCGCGUCCAGCCCGGACACUACAGCGUCCCCGUGCUGCUCGCGGACAAGCCGGGCCUGCGGUCCGAGCAGGUGGUCGAGGUCACGAUUUGCUACUGCGACGACAAACUCACGUGCCCCGCGGCCCUGGGUGGCAUCGGACUCGGCCUCGCUGCUCUGCUCAUCAUUAUUUUCUGCCUCCUCAUACUGCUGCUGCUCUUCCUAGCGAUGCUGUGCUGCCUAUGGUGCUACCCACACGGCUGCUGCGGCUACGUGAGGUCAGGGGGCGCCCUGUACGUUGUGCACGACCAGGGGAACUUUGGCGGGGUUCAGGCCUACAACUACGAAGGCGGAGGGGAAGAGGAUAUGGGGAUGAGAAUGAACCUGCUGGCAAUCGACGCUCAGGGGAAGAACGGCUCGAGCUGGGCCGGCGCCGAGAACGCCAAAGGCGCCGCCUACACCAAGUCCACCACCCUGCGCGCCAGUUCGGUGGCGGAGUCCUCUCGCGCCGCCGCCGCAGCGGAGGCGGCCGCCGCCGCAGCGGAGGCGGCCGCCGCCGCUUCUCACAUUCGCGAGGUUAAAGAGUCCAUCACGACGACCUCCAGCCACACGACUUCCAGCGCGGCGCACGAUAGCGCCGGCACGCAGGCGCGCGGCGGACGGUUCGCCGGCUUGGCGCACGGCGCGGCGGUCGGCGGGAGCGACGCCUGGGCAGGGGCCGGCGGCGGCGGCGUUGGCGUCAGCCACGUGGCGACGUUUACGGAGGUGGGCAGCAGCAGCAGCAGCAGUGGCCGGGGCAACGCGAUGGACUCGCGAGUGAACGGGGCGUUCGGUGUGCCGGCGGGCGGAGCGACAGGGGGCACCGUUCUGGAGACCGACGGCCGCGUUUACCACGGGAGGAUUUCGACCCUCGGCUACCCGAGGGCGAGCGGCUACGGCGGUCAAGUGAUCGGCCAAGAGUCCGUCAGCAUGGGGAGGGGCUUCACCCGCAGGGAAGUACCUCCACCCGCCGCCGUCGCAGGACCCGUCUGGCCGCAGCAUCACACCCUCCCCAAGCUCGUGGGCAUGAAGCCGACGGCGGACGUGAGGAAGUUCGUUGCGCAGGCUCUGGAGUGGGCGGAUAAAGACCCCACGGUGCCCCCGUUUGACGGGCUGCUCGUGUUUUGCCACGAGGGCAACCGUGAGGACGACCACUCGUUCAGCCCGUGCGUCAGCACGGCCAACUUGGCGGAACAGGUGGCGCAGUUCCGGCCCAUCUCCAACCCGCCGCCCGGCUCCUGUGGCUCCCGCGGCUCCCCGAUCUCGCGGGCUGCCACCCCUUCAGCCGCUUCUCCCAGCAUGCAACUCCCCUAGCCCUCCUAUCUCCCCCACCACCAACUCAUCCAGCUCAGAUACCCCUAGCUCAGUGUUUAGCCCGUGGACCACCCCAGCCACUGAUCCCUGGCGGCAAAAUGCAUUCGCUUAUCUCUAAAUGGCAGGAAUACAAAGUGAUUCAUAUUACUGAAACAUAACAUAUUUUUUUUUACAUGCAGUUAUAAUGUUUUAGGGGGGGGGGUGCAUUUAGAUAUUAGGGUUAAAGUAGUUUAUUCAGGGUAGUUUACCUCGCGUCAUUCAAUAAAUAGUUUUAUAUUAUGAAUUAACGUCAAAAACUUUACUUCCGUGGACCAUCUGGAGGAGCGUCCCGGGCCACUCACGCUGAUGGCCCGGGGACCGCACUUUGAGAACCACUGCUCUAGCGCCUUCUCCAAGCUCCCUCCACCAUCUCCAAGCUCACCACCCCAGCCACUGAGCUUCCAGCUCCUUCCCGACCAGCUCCUCGCUCUCCCCUAGCUCCUUUCUUGCUUCCAAUUGCCCCACAUCCCCCCCCACCGAUCGCUGUUUUUAUACACACAUUUUCUAAACGGAGAGUGAGUAGCGCACUAGAAUAGUUUGGGUGACGGGUGUGUAAUACGACGUCAAGUUAAUCUGCACGAGGCGUCGUCGGCAAAUGGGCGAUUGUGACUGCUUCCGACGCUGUGUGGCGGGUUGGUGUGGUGAAGGUGUUUUUGGUCAGGAGGUUUUACAGUUGAGGUUUGGGACGUUUUUAUUUGACCCUGAACCGAAACAAAGUCGAAGUCUAUUCCCAUGAACCAAUUUUUCUGGUUCGAAACACACGUGUCCUUGCCCGCACUUCCGAUUAGCAUGGUUGGCUAUGUACGAUUAUUUCUCUACCGACAGCGCGUGUGGUGUGCAAGUAUUACAAAGAUAAAGUCAUGCGCAUGGAAUGUAAAAAAACUCCAAUGCCAGGAUAAUGUUAUUAAUGCAUUAGAGGUCAGAUCGUCACACUUUUGACACCACUAUCCAGUAUCUGUUCCAUGACAAUUUACAAAUUAUAUUUAACGAUCAUUAAAAAAGAAUCACAAAUACAAGUAGUAACAAAGGUCACAGUGAGGGAUUAACUCAGCCCAUCAUCAUCCCUCCUGAAAGUUGUAAUAAGUAUAACCCGUAAAAACAAAGUUUUUCACUAUAAAUCCUUUAUAUGCGUGGCGGCUAGAGUCCUCUCAUCCUCUGGCUUGAGAUGGCUGCCACCUAUGGGUCAGAUGAUUGUCUGCCAGUAUUAAGCAAUUGGUAAUUAAAUAUUUAAUUUGUUUUCCCUAAACAGUGUAAAAUUUUAGAAAAAAAAUUUCACGAACAUUACUUGUCUCGCACAACGAGUCUGUGUGCCAAAUGUCAGCUCGAUUGGAUCACGGGAAGUGGGUUAAAAAACGACCGAAAUAUUUGCACGGUCGUAAGCAAGCAAGCAAGCACGCAAGCAAGCGAAUUUAAUAUAAAGGAUUAAAAAUGGAGUACCGCCGAAUUGUAGCGCGCGUGUUCAGUUCCUGAACAUGGGAGCACAAUUCUAGAUUUGAAGCUUUCGUGACUGCAAGGAUUCAUACUCUUAAGUUUUUUCGGUAAAGUCACGUAGGUAAAACAUUUUUUUAAUAAAAGUAAAAUAAAAAUCUUUGCAGUGGCAUUUACAGCGAGCGUGCUGUGACGGUUCCACCUGAAGACGGAAGCUUGUGUUGCCUCCGAAACGUCGUGAUUUUUAUUUUACUUUAAUUUAAAAAAAAAUUUACCUACGUGACUUUACCGAAAAAACCUAAGAGUAUGGGAGCACAACCUAGAAAACCUACCGCGGUAGUUAUCACCACCAAGGUAGUUGUCCUCGGGUUAAAGUGAACUCACUGUGGGAAUGUGAAACUUCUACCGCUUGCUCAGGGUCGUACAUGCAAAUUAGCAUUAGCCCCACGCUCGUUUGAGCAGUGGGAUUUCUUCCUCGAUUUAUUGACAUAGGGACCGGGCGUGGCCAUUUGGGGCUGGUUAAUGGUUUGCAGAAAAGACCCCGAGUGGAAUUUUUCCCCUUGGUUUGUCUUUGCCAUCUGUACAAAGGGGGGGGGGGGACAUUGAUACGUUUUUUUUCUUCUGGAAGAAAGCCACUUUGCCUAAACUUGAGCCGAGGAAUUUGUUUAACAAAAAAACCUCUUUGCAGUGGCAUUUACAAAUAAAAACUUCUGUUGAGACGUGGUUGGAUUGAAGCGCUGGUCUGGUCGUAUCAGAGGACGCGUAUCCUCAUCCCUUGCCAAGGACCCCAACUUCUCGACCAAACGCUGCAGCGAAACUAGCGCGGUGCACAAUUGACUUCCCAGCCAGGGCGCUGGAAUAAAUCAAAAUGAAAACCUCAAAAUUUUAUCAGGAUAAUAUUUAAUAUUUUUAAAACUCGUGUCAGUAAGUAUUUUUUUACAUUUUCUCUUCAAAUAUACGCUGGAAUUUUCA